AUGAAUAAACAAGUGUCUGAAAAGUUCGAGAAUCUAUGGGAGUUUUUUCCCGAUGAAUUGACCAGUGAUAAAAAGUAUCAAUUUAAAAAAGGAAAUUUCUUAGAUGGUUAUUGUGGUAGUAAUAGUUGUGAUAAUGAUUCCGAAAAAAUUAGUGCUGGAUUUUUUUAUUUGCUUAAUGGAUUUUUUGGGGAUUCUAAUUCGUUUAACUUUGAUGAAAAAAGUAAAAACGAUAUUUUUUAUUACACUAUUAUAUGGUUAAGUUAUAUGUUAAACCUAAAGGAUCAAGUAGGAACUAAGACCAAUCUACAAUAUUUUUAUGAUAUAGAUAUAUCAAAUCAAAAUAGGUAUACAAAUCCUAUAGCUGGUUUUACGGAGUAUACUAGUUAUAAGGAUCUUUUAGAUAAAAAAAAAAUUGUGAAUAUGGAUAUUAAAGCUAUAUCUAAAUUGUAUGUUCCAUUUAAAUCAUUAUGUAACAUGUAUUAUGGAUUUAAGGAAGGGGAUCAAAAAUGCAAUAACUAUUUGAACGAUGAUAAUGAAUUUUUUAAAAAAUAUAAAGAACUUAAGGAUGAUUCUAGUAUUACUAAUGAUAGUUCCUGUAGUCAAAUAUUAUCUGCUUUAUCAACUGAUUAUAAUAAAUUAAAAGAGAAAUGUAAAAAUGAUAAAUCUGGUAAUAUUCCAUCUCCUUCAGAGAUAACAACAGACAUUUCUACACAAUCAUCAUUAAGUUCGUCGAUAGGAAACAAAUUAUUUAUAGUUUUAUCGAUAUUUGGUGCAAUAGGAUUUUUUUUAGGAAUUUCUUAUAAGUAUUCGUUAUUUGGAUUUCGGAAACGAUUUCAAAAACAAAAAUUAAGAGAAAAACUAAAAAAUAUAAAGAAGAAAAUGAAUCAUUAA